AUGGAACAGAAGCAGGAGGCUGGCUCUUCCAAUGGAGAGGCGGUUGUGGUUGGCCCUGAAGGGUCUGUUGAUCAAAGUAAUGAAAGCGUUGCAUCCGUCGACUCAUCAUCAGCAAUAACUGAAAGCAAUCUCAGCCCCUAUGCGGCGGAGUGGGAACCUUUUUACUAUAAGGCACCUGAAGAUGACAGGUGUUGCUUUAUCACAUUUUCCAAUGGGUUCCCGCUCACUGAGGAUCAAAUUAUGGACUUCUUCAAUGAGAGGUUGGCUGUUUACCCAAGUCAAAUGAUAAAUGGAGAGAAGUACAUCUCCCUCUACUUGGCAAAAGCGAAGACAAAGAAUAAUGGUAUUAUUAACUCUGUGGUGUCAGCUCUUAGGGGGCAGGCGGAGGUUUAUGCUACUUUUAGAUUGUCUGUAUUUGAUCACAACCAAAAGAAUUACUUUACCGUCGAAGAUAAUGCCGGAGCAUUAAGCCGAUUUGAGAGUGGGACUGAGGUAGGUUUUGCAAAAUUUCUUCCCCUUCAUACUUUCCAGCGCCAUUCAGAGGGAUUCAUUUCGAAUGACUGCUGCACAUUUGGGGCCGAGGUUUUCGUCUCUACGAAUAAAAGGACACUUCACAGGGAAUCGCUUUCCCUCGAGACACCUGCCAUUCGCAAUCGUACUUUCCGUCGUGAUUUGGGACAGUUCUCCACACAAUUUGACAUGGAGUACGCAUUUCCACAGUUGAUCAUUGUUGGAGGAAGAAAAUGGCAGUUAUGUGUUUAUCCGAAAGGGUACGGGAAAGAGAAGAACAAAUCACUAUCACUUUACCUACGAUCGGCCGACGAUUUGGACACGCUUCCCAGUGUUUAUGCAGAAUUCAAGGUUCGGGUAAUUGAUCGAUCCCUUAAGACGCACAAUACUGAACGGAGAGGCAACCACUGGUUCUUGUCCACAGACUGCAUUUCUGGUUGGCCAGAUUUUAUGCCGUUGCGAACUCUAAAGGGGUUCCUUAAGGGUGAUAUAUUAUCUGUUGAAGUUGAAAUGCUGGCUGUGUCUACGUCGUUAUGA